UAUCGUGGUACAUAAGUUCGGCUUCGCUUCUUCCACUUGCGCUCCAUCCCAUUUCCCCGAAACCCUCCACGAUAAGGCAGAGGCGAGGAAGGGGAAAUCGUGUGCAGGAGAAGAGGAAUUUGUUACGGAAGCUUGCUGGGGAAGGCGACGACAGGAUUACUGGCGUGCGAGGAAGAAGGAGAGUUCGUGACGGGAACUCUCUCCGGGCGGAAGGCGCCACUGGAUUUGCGGCUUGUAAAGAAGGAGAAGGGUACGUGAUGGAAGCUUUCUAGGGUAAGGCAUCGGCGGAACCAGCGGCUUGCGAAGGAGAAGAAGAGUUUGAACGGAACUCGUUUGGGAACAGCAUCGACGGGGCUGGCGGGACAGGAAACGUUAUGGUGCAGUUGAAAUCAGUAGGAUAGAAGACUGCCUUACCAAAUAGAGACAACAAUAUGCCAAUUUAUUGGUGAAGAGGGUUAAAUGGCUACUGUAGAAGUUGAGCUCAGGUAGAAGUGGUGCUCACUUGCUUUCUAUUAUCUGUUUCUCGAGUUAAUACUUCUGUAGCAUAUUAGUAUCCGAGUUAAUAGAGUUUGCCAAUUUUUUUAAUGGGAACAAACAAACAUUCAAUUGGUCCAUUGUUGGACACCCUCAAAAUGGAGAGGGUGAGGACCAUUCUGACUCAUACUUACCCCUAUCCGCACGAGCAUUCAAGGCAUGCUUUGACUGCUGUAAUUGUCGGAUGUCUUUUCUUCAUCUCGUCGGACAAUAUGCAAACCCUCAUUCAGAAAUUGGACAAGAAUUUCAAAUGGUGGUCUAUGUAUAUUUGUCUGUUUGGUUUCUUCUACUUUUUCUCCUCCCCAUUUGUCAGAAAGACCAUAAAACCAAGCUAUUCAAACUUUAGUCGUUGGUAUAUUGCUUGGAUAUUUAUGGCAGCCAUAUAUCAUCUUCCUAGUUUUCAGUCAAUGGGAGUUGAUUUGAGGAUGAAUUUAUCGCUAUUUCUUACUAUAUACCUUUCAUCUGUUCUCUUUCUGAUCGUUUUUCACGUAAUAUUUCUUGGCCUAUGGUAUGUUGGCCUUGCUUCUCGUGUAGCAGGAAAAAGGCCAGAAAUUCUGACCAUUAUUCAAAAUUGUGCGGUUAUAAGUGUAGCAUGCUGUGUAUUUUACAGUCAUUGUGGGAACCGCGCUUUCCAAAGAGAGAGUUCACUUGAUCGAAGGAGCUUUGGUUGGUUUCCAGUCUUCUCAUUUUGGCAAAAGCAUGAUCAAAACACUUGGAUAUCUAAAUUCUUGCGCAUGCAUCAAUGGAAAGAACAAGUCUGUUCUUCUUGGUUCGCUCCUGUUGGAUCUGCCAGCGAUUACCCCUUCUUUUCUAAGUGGGUUAUCUAUGGAGAGCUAGCUUGCAAUGGGGCAUGUACUGGUUCCUCUAAUGAAAUAUCUCCAAUAUAUUCCCUAUGGGCAACAUUUAUCGGCCUUUAUAUUGCCAAUUAUGUGGUUGAGUGUUCGACUGGAUGGGCUCUAACCCACCCCUUAACUAUCUCCGAAUACGAGAAGAUAAAGAAACAAAUGAAACCUGAUUUCCUGGAUAUGGUUCCAUGGUACUCAGGGACAUCAACUGAUUUAUUCAAGACGGUAUUUGAUCUUAUGGUGUCAGUAACUCUUUUCGUUGGGCGAUUUGAUAUGAGAAUGAUGCAGGUUAGCUUAGUUUUAUCCAAGAUCCCCGAUGAAUUUAAAAACGGUGAUCUUUUAUAUGAUCAUUUCUGUGAGAAAGAGGAAUUCUGGUUUGAUUUCAUGGCUGACACAGGAGAUGGUGGAAAUUCAACCUAUGCUGUUACCCGUUUACUAGCCCAACCUUGGAUUAAAGUGAAGAAUGGUGGUUCCAAGCAUGUUCUUCCGCGUGGAAACUUACUUCUUAUUGGAGGGGAUCUUGCGUACCCUAAUCCCUCUGCAUUUACAUAUGAGAAGCGCCUUUUCGUUCCAUUUGAGUAUGCUUUGCAGCCUCCUACUUGGUAUAGGCCAGAAGAUAUAGCAGUAAACAAGCCAGAGCUUCCUUAUGGGAUAUUGAAGCUGGAGCAAUAUGAUGGACCUCAGUGUUUUGUAAUUCCUGGCAACCAUGAUUGGUUUGAUGGACUCUACACAUUUAUGAGGUACAUAUGCCAUAAGAGCUGGUUGGGUGGAUGGUUUAUGCCUCAGAAAAAGAGUUAUUUUGCUCUGCAGCUUCCAAAAGGAUGGUGGGUGUUUGGUUUUGAUCAAGCUCUGCAUGGUGAUAUUGAUGUCUACCAGUUUAAAUUUUUUGCAGAGUUGUGUCAACAGAAGGUCGGGGACAAUGACUCUAUUAUUGUGAUGACACAUGAACCUACCUGGCUUCUAGAUUGGUAUUGGAAUGAUAAUACUGGUAGAAAUGUCUCUCAUUUAAUACGUGAUUACAUGAAAGGAAGAUGUAAGCUUCGCAUGGCUGGAGACUUGCACCAUUAUAUGCGCCAUUCUUGUGUCCCUUCAGAUCAACCGGUGUAUGUAGAACAUCUGCUUGUGAAUGGUUGUGGUGGUGCCUUUCUACAUCCAACUCAUGUCUUCAGAAACUUCAACCAAUUUUACGGAAAUUCUUAUGAAUGCAAAGCUACUUAUCCUUCUUAUGAGGACUCCAGUAGGAUAGCUCUUGGCAACAUUUUAAAGUUUCGAAAGAAGAAUUGGCAAUUUGAUGUCAUUGGUGGUUUCAUAUACUUCGUAAUUGUUUUUUCUAUGUUUCCUCAGUGCGGUGUAUUCCAAAUCCUUCAUGAUGAUUCUUCGUCUGGCCGCAUCAAGAGCUUUGCUAAUGCUAUGUGGAAUGCUUUUAUGUACAUGGUAGAACAUUCAUACGUGUCUUCAACUGGGACUUUGCUGUUGAUAUUGCUAUCGUUUUCAUUUAUUCCUACAAAGAUGUCAUGGAAACGGCGCGCUGUUAUUGGAGUUCUGCAUAUAUCGGCUCAUAUAGCUGCAGCCAUUAUUCUAAUGAUGCUGCUGGAAAUGGGAAUUGAUAUAUGCAUCCGUAAUCACUUGCUAGCUACUUCAGGUUACCACACACUCUAUGAUUGGUAUCGAUCCAUGGAAAGCGAGCACUUUCCCGAUCCAACCGGACUACGUGCUCGCAUGGAAAAGUGGACAUUCGGACUCUAUCCUGCAUGCAUAAAGUACCUAAUGUCCGCCUUCGACAUUCCAGAGGUUAUGGCUGUCUCCAGAAAAACAAUUUGCAAGAAAGGAAUGCAGUCUCUUUCCAGGGGGGCAUCUGUCAUUUAUUAUGCUUCUACUUUUCUUUAUUUCUGGGUCCUAUCAACUCCGGUUGUGUCACUGAUAUUUGGAUGUUAUCUGUACAUCUGUAUCAAUUGGUUCCACAUUCAUUUUGAUGAAGCCUUCUCAUCCCUUCGCAUCGCAAAUUACAAAGCUUUUACCCGUUUCCAUAUAACGAAAAGUGGUGACCUAGAAGUCUUCACCCUUGCUGUGGAUAAGGUGCCGAAAGAGUGGCAGCUGGAUCCAGAUUGGGAUGCUGAACCAAAACCACCACUCCAGCUGAGCUACUUGAGGAAAUUCCCCAGCAAAUGGAAGGCGGCUUCGUCCGUCGAUCCGAUCAAAUCCGUGAGGAUUGUUGAUCAUUUCGUUAUUCAUCGGACUCCGACGAGCCCAAAGUCGGUACCUUGCAGUUGAUAAUCGCUCUUCAAAUCGUUCCAGGUUUAUAAAUUCCUUUACUAAUUAGAUAAUCAGCAGAUAAGAAAAAGAUAGAAAACAUAGAGAAUCUACUCUACAGCCUUAGAAGGGAUAAAUGUUAGUCUAUGCACAACGUUAGGGAAUGAUCAGUAUAGUGGUAGAAAGCUAAAUUAAUUCCUGGGUGUGAUUAGGUUAGAAAGGUAAAAUAUCAUUUUUAUUAAUUGUAGAAACUCCAAUUCGUUUAUGAAAUGGGCAUUUAUUUACUAAAUUAUAA